AUGAGGUAUGUUAUCCCGCUGUUCUUCAUGAUGCUUCUCGCGCUUGCUAUGAAGAAGGGGGUCUCACAGGACGUGCCUACAACGACUGUUAUGUUAACAGAUGAAUUGGAGGCGGAAAGAGUGGACGUCACAGUUCACUGCUGGUCCCCGGACGAAGACUUCGGUUCCGAGAAGCUCCAAAAACACUACGACUAUAUAUUCAAGCUCCAAUCAGAUACAAAAGUGGUCACCUGUACCUUCGAUUGGCUCUGGGGAUUGUUCACUUACGAUGUCUAUGUCCCGAGUAGGGACCGGGACCGAUGCACUAAUCACUUAUGUCGGUAUAUCAUAACAAGGCGAGGCCUGUGCUUGCACAACCCAAUAACCCUCCUCUUUGAUAUAUGUGAGGAGUGGAAAGAGCUGCCACCCCCGAAGGCGUGA